GAUUUUCGUUGGGACAUGGAAUGUGAACGGUAAAGCACCUCCAACCGAUGUAGAGAAUCUGAAGAGGUGGCUGAACUGUUCCGACGAACCACCUGAUAUUUAUGCGAUCGGCUUUCAGGAAUUGGAUCUCAGCAAAGAGGCUUUCAUAUUCAACGAAACAGUACGUGAAGCGGAAUGGCAAAAGGCUUUGGAAUGGUCAACGCACCCGAAGGCAAAGUACAGACUUGUGGGUAUCGUUCGACUGGUUGGAAUUCAAUUAGCCGUGAUGAUCAAUUACACUCACUUCGAGCACGUGAGCAAUGUCGCCGUGGAUUACGUGGGUACCGGUAUUUUAGGGAAGAUGGGAAACAAGGGCGGAGUAGCGGUCAGCUUUCAAUUACACAACACGACCCUAUGCUUCGUCAACUGUCAUUUGGCCGCUCACGUUGAAGAAGUUGAGAGACGUAACCAGGAUUACAAUGAUAUUAACACGAAGAUCAACUUCAAAAGACAUCCUCAAGCAAUCAAAGAUCAUGAUCAAAUUUAUUGGUUGGGCGAUAUGAAUUAUCGGAUCCGGCGUUUAGAUACUCACGAAGUCAAAAAACACAUCGCGAUGGGCGAUUUGAAUACAAUUUUGUGCCAUGAUCAGUUGAAUCAAGAGAAGGAACGCGGAAAAAUACUAGCGGGAUUCGAAGAAGGUGAUAUUAAUUUCCAACCUACUUACAAAUACGACGUGAAUUCGGAUAGGUAUGAUAGCAGUGAGAAGGCGAGGGCUCCCGCUUGGACGGACCGGAUUUUCUUUAAAGGCAAAGGCAUUUACCAGCAACUCUACAGAUCGUUCAUGGAAUUGAAGAUCAGUGAUCACAAACCGGUGAACGCGCUCUUCCGUUCGGAAAUCGGCAUCGUCAAUCGAGAAAAAUAUAGACGGAUACACGAGGAUCUGCUGAAGAGCAUGGAUAAACUAGAGAACGAGUUCUUGCCACAAGUAACAAUAGACAGUACAGACGUCGUCUUCGACACUGUUAAGUUUAGGGAGCCUCAAGCUAAAGAUAUUAUAGUAGCAAAUACGGGAAUGGUACCAGUUGACUUUAAGUUCAUACAAAAGAACGAUGAGAAAUCUUAUUGCAAGGAGUGGCUCAGAAUCACCCCGUUUUGUGGCAGGAUCAAUCCAGGUGAAAAAUCGGAUAUACGUUUAGAAAUUAAUUUAGAGCAAGCCCUACAGUCGCUUGACGAUAUUCUUGUGUUACACUUGGAGGGUGGAAAAGACUUAUUUAUUACUGUUUCGGCCAAAUGCCAAAGAUCUUGCUUCACCAUGUCCGUCUCUACUCUCUGCAGAUGUCCGGUGCCUAUACUUAAUCUAACGCCGGAACAACUUAAACAUGCCGAGAAUGGUCAAUCUCAGGUUCUGUACUCGGUUCCCAGAGAGCUUUGGUUGCUCAUCGAUUUCCUUUACAGAAAGGCGCUUAAAACUAGAGACUUAUUUGAAUCUUCCGCUUUGCACGAAGAAAUGAAGAAAAUCAGGGAAUGUUUAGACAGUGGAACUUUAGAUCAAAUCUCUGAUAGUCCAUACGCUGUAGCUGAAUCAUUAUUAAUAUUCUUGUCAUUCACCAAGGACCCAGUGGUGCCCUACCAUUUACAUAAGAGAUGUAUCGAAGCUUGCGAAAGCUUCGCUCAGUGCAAAGAAAUCCUUGAACAAUUCCAUAAAUUGGAGCGUAACGUAUUCUUGUACGUGUGUAUGUUCUUGCAAGAUCUUCUGAAGUAUUCUGUGGAUAACGGUUUGGAUUGUCAUGGAUUAUCUAUAAUCUUUGGGGAUAUUUUGAUGAGGACACCGAUGAGGAACACACCGAAACCUCAUUGCCGGAAGAAGACGAGGUUCAUCGAACAAUUCCUAACCAACGACUUGUCCGAUUUGAUUCAAGUUAACAAGCAAUAGUCACGAUAAUAUUCUUACACAUUCAAUUGCAAGAAAUGCCGAAGUCAUUCACUUAUGUACUAUUUAAAUACAUAUGUAACAUUUGAAAUAGCUUAUUUUGUGAUUUGAGCUUUUUUUUUCAUUUGAUAGUCGGCAUCUUUAUUUUUUUUUAUGUAUGUACAUAUAUGU